CUGUGUGCCAGAAAUCGGGGACAAAGUCCAGCCACUGAUUCAUAUUUCUAAAGGAAAUGAAGAUAAUUAUAUAUUUUUGCAUUUUGACAGUAGCAUGGGCCAUUCCAGUUCCUCAAAUCAAGCCACUGGAGAGACAUGCUGUUGACAAAUCUGUGAAUUUAAAUCUUCUAGCAAAAUUGAAAGUGCCAAUACAGGAUGAGUUAAAUGCCAAUGAUACCACCAAAGAAAGUGGUGUCCUCCUGCAUGAAAAUGAAAGAGGAAGGCAACAGUACACCAAAGAUGGUUACAAAGGAGAGAGAAAUGGUUCUGAGUGGGCAGAAGUGGGAGAGAAAAGUUCUUCUACACGUUCCGUGUUAGCAAAUGAAGAGGGGAAUACUGAGGAUCUGAAUGGGGGCACAGGAAACCCAGAAACAUAUGGUCAUGAUGGGAUCCAUCAGGAAGACAGCACCACAGCAAAUGGCGUCAGGGGACAAGUAAGCAUCAUCGACAGGGCUGGAACAGCAAACGGGAGCAAUAUUAAUGGGAUUACGGAGAACGUUUCCCAAAAUGGGGGUGUUGGAAAUGCAAGUCAGAGUGAAGAUGCCACUGUCGUCCAAGAAGGUGGACAUCAAGUAGCUGGAAGCAAUAAUGGUACAGGUCGUGAGGAUGAAAUAAGAGGGGAUUUCUGUAGAAAUGGGGGUGAUAGAAGUGAAAAAACACCUCAGAGAGAAGGCGAGAGCAACGGGAAUGAGGAGACAGGGGUAACACCAGGGGGAAGUGGAGAUAGCAACGGAGAAGAUGUUGCCUUGGAUAAUUCUGAUGGAAGUCCUAGUGGGAACGGAGCAGAUGAAAAUGAAGACAAGGGCUCUGGUGAUGAUGAAAAAACAAGGAAUGGAGGAAAAGGCCCUGAUAACAGCAAGGCCCAAGAGGGUCAGCCUCACGAAACAGAAGAUGACGGUGACAAUAGCUUAGGUCAAAAUUCAGUUAGUAGUGAAGGUGAUGACCCUGCGGACAAAGAAGACACCCAUGCCAUUGAUGGAGACAACAUCUCCAAGAGUGAGGAAGAUUUUGACGGUAUUUCAGGAGACAAUGGUAGCCAAAAAAUAGAGGACACUCAAAAACCCAAUCACAGAGAAAGCAAAGACGUGGAAAAUGGAAUCACUGAAAACUUAGAGCCACCUGCUACUGGGAAGAGCCAAGUUAAGGGAAUAGAAGUGGAAAGUCCCAGCAGUGGCAACAGAAACAAUAUUACCAAAGAAGCUGGGAAAAUGAAUGAAGAUAAAGAGAGUAAAGGCCAACAUGGAAUGACUGUGGGCAAAGGAAAUGUCAAGACACAAGAAGAGGUUGGCGACGUGCAAGGACCUGGCCAGAAGUUAGAACCUCGAAGUAAGUCUGGACCCAGCAAAACACGCAGAGACAGUAACAGUGACGGCUAUGACAGUUAUGAGUCUGACGAUGAAUCCGUGCAAGGAGAUGAUGCCAACAGCAGUGGCGAGCCUCACGGCAGUGACGGUACCAGAUCUGAAGGUGACAACAGCCACAGCAGCCGAGGAGAUGCUUCUUAUAACUCUGAGGAAUCAAGUGAUAAUGGCAGCGACAGUGACUCAGAAGGAGGAGAAGAUGAUCGUGAUAACACAUCAGAUGCUAAUGAUAGUGGUAGUGAUGGCAAUGGUAACAAUGGCAGUGAUAAGAAUGGAAAAUCAGGCAGCACCCAAGAUAAAUCAGAGAGCAGUGACAGCAGUGACAGCAGUGACAGCAAAUCAGAUGGCAGUGACAGCAGUGACAGCAGUGACAGUAGUGACAGCAGAUCAGACGGCAGUGACAGCAGCAAUAGCAGCAACAGCAGUGACAGUAGUGACAGUAGUAGUGGCAGCAAGUCUCACAGCAGUGACAGUAGUGACAGCAGUGACAGCAGUGACAGUAGUGACAGCAAGUCAGACAGCAGUGACAGCAGUGACAGUGAUGGUAAAUCAGACAGUGACAGUAGUAACAGCAGUGACAGCAGUGACAGUAGUGACAACAGUGACAGCAGUGACAGCAAGUCAGACAGCAGUGAUAGCAGUGACAGCAGUGACAGCAAGUCAGACAGCAGUGACAGCAGUGAUAGUGACAGUAAAUCAGACAGUGACAGUAGUAACAGCAGUGACAGCAGUGACAGUAGUGACAACAGUGACAGCAGUGACAGCAAGUCAGACAGCAGUGACAGCAGUGACAGUAGUGACAGCAGUGACAGCAAGUCAGACAGCAGUGACAGCAGUGACAGCAGUGACAGCAAGUCAGACAGCAGUGACAGCAGUGAUAGUGACAGUAAAUCAGACAGUGACAGUAGUAACAGCAGUGACAGCAAGUCAGACAGCAGUGACAGCAGUGACAGUAGUGACAGCAGUGACAGCAAGUCAGACAGCAGUGACAGCAGUGACAGCAAGUCAGACAGCAGUGACAGCAGUGAUAGUGACAGUAAAUCAGACAGUGACAGUAGUAACAGCAGUGACAGCAGUGACAGUAGUGACAACAGUGACAGCAGUGACAGCAAGUCAGACAGCAGUGACAGCAGUGACAGUAGUGACAGCAGUGACAGCAAGUCAGACAGCAGUGACAGCAAGUCAGACAGCAAGUCAGACAGCAGUGACAGCAAUGACAGCAGUGAUAGUGACAGUAAAUCACACAGUGACAGUAGUAACAGCAGUGACAGCAGUGACAGUAGUGACAACAGUGACAGCAGUGACAGCAAGUCAGACAGCAGUGAUAGCAGUGACAGCAGUGACAGCAGUGACAGUAGUGAUAGCAGUGACAGCAGUGACAGUAGUAACAGCAGUGACAGCAGUGAUAGCAGUGACAGCAGUGACAGUAGUGACAGCAGGGACAGGCGUGGCCGCAGUGACAGCAGUGACAGCAGUGACAGCAGUGACAGUAGUGAAAGCAGUGACAGCAGUGACAGUGCAUCUGACAGUGGUGAUGAGAGUGACAGCAAGAGCAAGUCUGGUAACGGCAGCAACAAUGGAGGUGGCAGUGACAGUGACAGAGACAGUGAAGGCAGUGACAGUGAUCACUCAACCAGUGACGAUUAGAACUAAAGAAAACUCCACACGAUUCCUUUUGUGAACAAUCCGGUGAGUAAUUGAUAGGAACUAAAAGAUUUCCAAGAAAGUAAAGAAAGGGGAGAAAUAAAAGAGAAGACAUAUGCAAACAUCUACAGAAACAACAAGAAAAUAGUCAAAUUGUCAGAUUCAGAACCAGGUCGGAACACCCUCAGAGAAAGAAUCUGUGU